AUGCCACCAGCAGCGCCGGGACCCGUCUCAACCUGUGCUAUGGACACUAAUAACUCUACCCUGACAUCGGCUUCACCGUCUUGUCAUGUUAGAAUUAAUAGCACCCAUGAGAACAUUGGACUCACGAUGGACACACACCGAGACGAGAAUCGUAUCAACACAUGUCGGAUUUCCGUUGAUCAUGUACCCUGCCUAGAUCGUCUCUCUCCGGUCACUUCUACGACGACAGCACCCUCAGAAGUAGGGGACAAUGUAGGACCGGUGGUCACGUAUACAAGUAGACCUUGCCAGUCAACACCUUCGCCAAUGGGCACGCUAACACCCAGCACACUGAACAGCUGUCAGCAUGGCAAUAGUAGUAACAUCGGUAGUAAUAUGAUGGAAGUACCCCUUCGACCAAAGCCGGUGGAGAUGGUCAACGUACCACCCGUUGUGUCUGAAUACGUCGUCGUAGACAACUCGUGUGUAGGCGACGACAAGGAAAACACGCCGCCCUCACAGGUGCUGAUGGAGUGUGACCUGGAGAGCUUAUGUGGAAAUCACGCAUUAAAUGGAGACAGUAAUACCAGUAAUAAUAACACCACCGGUUUGUACGGUGGUAUGGGGUCCCCGUCAGUCAACCAGUUACACCAUCCUCACCAAGUACACUACCAUCAACAACAACAGCAACAACAACCUUUAUUGAAUCAUCACCAGCAACAACAACUUCACAACGUACAGCAGAUGCAUACAGUCCCCACAAGCGGCUGUUAUAUGUACACUCCUCGUACAGAAUCCACUGCAUAUCCGGAAAAUAAUGAUCGUAUGAUCACGUCUACAAGUUUAUCAGGCAGUGGAAACCGAGAGGGUCACAGCCAACAACAGUCCUCAUGUAUCUAUGAUCGUACCGGGGCUGGAGUUGCCGUGAAUUCUCCGCCGUCAUUUUUAGUCGGCAGUGGAAAAUGUGUGAAAAGGAAACGACCCGCGUUCGAUUCCACAUCGGACUUUUGUGAAAACAAUAACAAUUCAGGUAUGAUGCUAAACGGUACGACGACCAACAACAGUUGCAAUGGUGGGGUCGCUAUCAACACAAGUCACAUCGAGGGCUCUGCCUCGUCAAUAUCAAACAGCUGUUCUUCGCCUAUCUUUUCAUUGUAUUCAUCUGCAUUCAGUCCGGCCAGCCCCAAGAGGACUCGACUAGGUGACUGCGUUGUUCUCAUGGACCAUAACAACAAAUUCGACCCAAGCACUUCGUCCUCGUGCGCUAUGGGGUCAGCCUCCUCGUCACCUAUGUCACCCACGUCGUCGUCGUCUUUGUCCCUUUGCACGACUCUUACGUCAACAUCGACAUCAUCAGUUGAGAAUUCUUCACAUGUGCUACAGCAACAACAACACAAUCUUCCUCAUAACAACAAUCCUAUCCACCACCACCAUCAUCAUCAUCAUCAUCACCAUCAGCAACAACAGCAGCAACACUUAUUCCAAGUACCACACCAACAGCAACAACUUCAUCAUCACCAUCCACAACAGCAGUCCUCGUCAACUCCGGAUUGUUCAAAUCAAAUAAAUAAUCUAGUGUCCAUUUUUCAUACGGGGUUUUCUGGUCUCUGUGCUGGGGGUGCCAACAGCACCCCCUACAGACAAGAACAACAAACAACGGACAUUCUUCAUCAUAAUAAAGUCGGGUCACUUCAUGAUAACUCACAGCAGCAGCAACAACAACAGCCGUACCACCCCAAUGUUUACCACCACCUCCCAGAACAACACCACCCACGUCAACUUCAACACCAAACAAAAGAAGGCGAUGGUGGUGGCGGCGGUGACAAAGGAGGAGGAGGAGGGGGAGGUGAUGGUCAUCUUUGUGCCGAUGUCGUCGGCGCCAACCUUGAAAACAGCUGCGCCAAUCCUUCCUCAACGUCGCCGCAAACGACCACCCUCAUCAAAACAAACGUGUCGACAUCUUCGUCGACGAUCGCUCCGUCAGACAUUUAUCCCCAACAUCAACAAGGAGGGUACCUUAGCUCGUGCUCAGGGGUAUCUACGCAGAACUGGAACACUUUGAGCAGCACGAACAUCCUCUCUAUACUCUCCCUUCUGCAUUGCCUUUUUUCUGUCUCUUCUCUCAUAAACUCCCUUUUCUCUCAUAAUCUCUCUUUUAUACUUUCUCUUUCUUUCUUUCUUUCUUUCUUUCUUUCUUUCUUUCUUUCUUUCUUUCUGUUCUCUCUUUCUUUUUUCUCUUUCUCUUUAAAAAGUCGUUUGUUCAUAUCUAUCUAUCUAUCUAUCUAUCUAUCUAUCUAUCUAUCUAUCUAUCUAUCUAUCUAUCUAUCUAUCUAA